ACAUAAUUACAUAAUUACUUCAAAAAUAUUACAGUUAUUCUUUUCUUGAUUUUCUAUAUUUGGUUUCUAAAUUAAGAUAUUUGGUUAAAAAAACACUAACGGGGUAACCGUGUUUGCUAAACACCGUAGAGGACUUAGCUUUACCAGUCGGUGUCUGUCACACAGUAAUUAUUAUUUAAUUUGUCACACAGUAAUUAUUUUUUAAGACUAGUUUAGCUUGGUCUGCCGUCAAUGUGUUUUCAUGGCGGCUUUUAGUAGAACCAAAAUAUUCUUCCGUCGCAGUUUAUUUUCAGGAGGUAGGACAGUCAUUGCAAGCGGCCUUUUUCGAAGGAGUUUGUGUCCGUGUCAAGGUGAAACACACUUGCCGAGCUUUCCCUUGUGGGAUGCUGGCAGAAGAUUUUUCUCCCAUGGUGGUGGCGCAGUCGUGGAGCAGCAGACGCUGGAUAGCAUUGCCAAGAAGAUCCGAGAGCAGAAGUACAAGAGAGUGGUUGUGAUUGCUGGGGCUGGGAUUAGCACACCCAGCGGCAUCCCAGAUUUCAGGUCCCCUGGUAGCGGCCUCUACGACAACUUGCAGGAGUAUAAUCUGCCAUAUGCAGAGGCUAUUUUUGAAGUUAACUAUUUUCAUCACAAUCCUAUUCCCUUCUUUGCUCUUGCCAAAGAGUUGUAUCCAGGAAAUUACCAGCCUAAUUCUACACACUAUUUUGUGAGACUGCUUCUUGAAAAGAAUCUGCUCCUCCGGAUGUACACACAGAAUAUCGACGGUUUGGAAAGAUUGGCAGGGAUUCCUCCUGAUUUUCUCGUGGAGGCCCACGGGACAUUUGCUACCGCCACCUGCACUGUUUGCAGACGCAAAUACGAGGAAGAAGACCUACGAGUGAGUUACUUGAUGAGUGGCGUGAUUCCCAAAUGCCCAUCUUGUAAGGGCAUCAUAAAGCCAGACAUUGUUUUCUUUGGGGAAGAGCUACCACUUCACUUCUUCAAGUACCUCACAGACUUUCCACUCGCAGAUCUCCUCAUCAUCAUGGGCACAUCACUAGAGGUAGAGCCCUUUGCUAGUCUUGCUGGGGCAGUGCGAGGAUCUGUCCCCCGACUCCUCAUCAACAAGGACCUAGUUGGUCCAUUUGCAUUGAGAAAUGGUCGACUUGGUGAUGUCGUGCUACUGGGCGAUGUAGUAAGUGGCGUCCAAAGUUUAGUCGAUGCUCUCGGUUGGACUCAGGAGCUGGAUGCUCUGAUGGCCAAUGCUGCUGUGAAAACUGCAUCAAAGACGAAGGAAGAAUAGGUGCUUUAUCAAAACAGACACGCUGAUGUUCUACAUAGGAUGACAUGUUGAAAGAAGUUGUGAAAGGUGGACCACUUUUACAUUCAUUUCAUCGAUUACAUGAACUGUAAAUACAUUGUCAGCAAUUACAUCCAUUUUACACAUUACUUACCUGUAUAUUCAAGCUGAGUUUGUUUAAUUAAUUGCGGGAAUGGAACAGUGUAAUGAUCUCAUUCGACAUACGCAAGAAACGUGUCCCUGUUAUCGUGCACUCUGUACAUUGACUGUUAGGCAUACACUGUGUGCCUCAUUACGCAAGAGGGAAAUUGUAAUCAUUUUAGCCAGUGUUGCCAAGUCUGCUUAUUAAAAACAAUUCUGGGCUUUUA